GUCAGAGCGGAGCAGGAAACAACUGGGCAAAGGGCCAUUAUACGGAAGGUGCUGAAUUAGUUGAUUCCGUGUUAGAUGUUGUAAGAAAGGAGGCAGAAAGCUGUGAUUGUCUGCAGGGCUUUCAGCUUACUCACUCCCUCGGUGGUGGUACAGGCUCUGGCAUGGGUACCCUCCUCAUCAGCAAAAUCCGUGAAGAGUACCCAGACAGAAUUAUGAACACGUUCAGUGUCGUGCCCUCCCCUAAAGUCUCAGAUACUGUAGUAGAGCCCUACAAUGCCACCCUCUCGGUGCACCAGCUGGUGGAGAACACAGAUGAAACCUACUGUAUUGAUAAUGAAGCCCUCUAUGACAUCUGCUUCAGAACACUGAAGUUAACCACCCCAACCUACGGUGAUCUGAACCAUUUGGUGUCGGCCACCAUGAGCGGUGUCACCACCUGCCUGCGGUUCCCGGGCCAGCUCAACGCUGACCUGAGGAAGCUGGCAGUCAACAUGGUCCCCUUCCCCCGUUUGCACUUUUUCAUGCCUGGUUUUGCCCCUCUCACCAGUCGUGGGAGCCAGCAGUACCGUGCUUUAACCGUGCCAGAGCUCACGCAGCAGAUGUUUGAUGCCAAGAACAUGAUGGCUGCCUGCGACCCCCGCCACGGCCGCUACCUGACGGUGGCCGCCGUCUUCAGGGGCCGCAUGUCCAUGAAAGAGGUGGACGAGCAGAUGCUCAACGUUCAGAACAAAAAUAGCAGCUAUUUUGUAGAAUGGAUCCCUAAUAACGUUAAAACAGCCGUCUGUGACAUUCCACCUCGUGGCCUGAAAAUGUCUGCCACCUUCAUUGGCAACAGCACAGCCAUCCAGGAGCUGUUCAAACGCAUUUCUGAGCAGUUCACCGCCAUGUUCCGCAGAAAGGCUUUCCUGCACUGGUACACGGGGGAGGGCAUGGACGAGAUGGAGUUCACAGAGGCUGAGAGCAACAUGAACGACCUGGUGUCUGAGUAUCAGCAGUACCAGGACGCCACAGCUGAGGAGGAGGGGGAGUUUGAGGAGGAGGGGGAGGAAGAGGCAGAGUAAAAGCUAUGCAGAUGAUGAGCACGUGUAAAUUUUGUUUAAAGCUGUACGAACUCUUUCAUUCUGAACUUCUCUGUCCGUGUUGUGUUCCUUUUCCUGUUUCCAAGUCACUUCUGAUGCUGUACAGGCACCAUUAAAGCAUUUUUCACAGUGCA